AUGGACCCUCCACGGAGCCUCAUGACCCUUCCAUAUGAACUUCGAACUCAAAUCGGGUCAUAUCUUUGCUCUGUCGAGGAACGCGACACGCAGAAGGUCUUGUCGCAACUCACGCAAACAUGCAAGGCGCUCAGGGAUACAUUUCAACCUUUACUGUUUCGAACGUACACCAAUUACUCAGAACCCGUGUCCCGGCUGGUCAGCUUCCUCCGCGCUAUUGUAUCUCGUCCUGAUCUCGCAGCAGCCGUCACAACCGUGACAUUCGAUUCCUUCCUCAAGCCCACCGGUGUAACCAUUCUUGAAAAAGAAUUCAUCGACACAUGCAUCAGUAAUCUCGGUCUCCCCGUCCCCGCCGAAGACUGGCAUCUCGAGGGUACAUAUCGCCACCUCCCCGUCGAAACGCUGCUCGCAUACACGCCCAACAUCGAAUCCCUCACGCUCGCUGUAAACGAAGAAUGGAAUCUGGACCUCUUACCCUCAUUCCAUGACGCAUCACCGAAGAUCGAAUUUCCCCACUUGAGAUCCUUAUCAAUCUACUACUACUUCAUCGCCGGCGACCGUUGGGCGAUCGACUAUGGGCAGAUUGCGCCGUUGCUGGACGCCAGUUCUCACUUGGAACAUCUCUCUCUUCCAAGUUUAGAGGGCUUCUGGGAGGGCCACGAGAAUCCUCCAAUUCCGCGCCUGGACUCGCUGAAGACACUGGAUCUGGGCGAGAGCGCGAUGGGGAUGUUCUUGAUUACGUCGUUGCUCAAAGCAUGCAAGAUCUUGCAGAAGUUUGAGCUGUAUUGGCUGUCCUCGACGGGCUACGAUGAGAGCCACGAGGACUGGUCUACUCUCGAGGUUUGGGACGCGUUGGCGCGUUUGAAGGACACAAUUGAGGAAAUCAUAUUCGAGGCGUCCAGCGAUAUUCCCUUGGGAAGUCUUACAGCCGACAGCGUCUCUUCCUUGUCGGAUUUCACCAAGCUACGGACUCUGAAAGUUGUCGGGCGCUCCUUGGAAGGAAUGUUGCAGGCGUGGACACUCAAGACGGGAAACUCGGAUAUGGACGAGUUUGUCGCGCAACUGCUGCCAUCGGGUAUUCGGGAGUUGGCAAUCUGGUUUCCAAGCCGCGAUCUGAUUCCAGCCCUCUUCGCCCUCGCCAAAGCAAAGUCCCAGGGAUUGUAUACGGACUUGGGAGCAGUUGAAAUUGGUCACUCGCCGGUAUUCAAGGAAUGGCUACCGCGCCCCGAGUGGCCGAGAAACGAAGCAGCGCUGAGGGAAGCAUUCGCCAGGGCCGGAGUGCAACUGAAGAUGGAGAUUCCGCAUGUACCCCCAGAGAUGAUGAAUCUUGCCAUACAGAUGGGGAUAGCUUCUUAG